AUGCCCAAGAGGAGGACGGUCCGCUCGCUGGAAUGGCUGUGCCUGGAGAAUGUGGCUAAAAAUAUCCAGCGCAUCUGGGCCAAAGCUUGUGCAGAAAACCACCAGGAUGGACACCUCGUUCGCUCUGUUGCAGAGCCCUACAUCUGCCUGGCGGGUGCCACUACCGAGAAGGCCCUCUGCCUGGAAGGCAAUCGCUUGAACCGACCGGUCCUGCGCUUCCUCCUGGUGCCGCAGCUGACGGUGCUGAGCUUGAACAUGUGCCCGAGGCUGGUCAUCAAGGCCGUUGCCGACAUCAUCGCAGUGCGUUGCAAGAACCUGUCCUCCCUGGAUAUCAGAGGCUGCUGCCGGAUCCCCGCAGACUCCCUCGUCGACCUGGUGAAAGCUUUGCCGAGCCUCGCCCAACUCAACCUGUCGGACACCCAGUGCAACGCCCAGGUGCUUGCUGCCGUGGGCUCCCACUGCCGGCAGCUUCUUGAACUGGAUGUUGUCGAUUGCAGCAGGCUUUCUCCAGAGUGCCUCCUCCACUUGGCCUACGACCCUGCCACGGGCUCGCUCCGCUCCCCGGCCUUGAAGGUGCUCAGAGCCAGAUACCUGAUGGGUAGACCUCUCCUCCAAUGCAUGGUUCAGCACUUGGUCUUUCUGCUCCUGGCCUUGCGCAGCCUGACGAUCUUGGACCACCCUUUUGUUCUGGAGGCCGUGUGCGCGAUCUACAGGCGGCAGUUUGACAACGUCCCAGUCGCUCCCGAGUUCCCCUCGCUGGAGGAGCUGGCGAGACGCAGGAUGUCCACCCAUAACGGCCACGGGCUCACGCUGACCCUCACAGAAUUGGACGAUGUGGCACUGAGCUGCCUGCCCGCCGCUUUAGCCGUGUGCCCGCACUUGGCUGACGUGACUCUGAUUCUCGAAGGCAACCCUGGCUUUGGCCAGGACUUUGCACCGUGGCGCCACAUCUCCUGCCUGACCCUUGACAACGACAGCCAGUGCGAUGUUGCUGAUCUUCUGCCGAUGGCAGCCGCCCUCGGACCACAGCUCCACUCUCUUUCAUUGAGUGGCUUUCUCUGCGAAGAUGCCUCUUCCUUCUGGACCUUCCUGGGCCACUGCCUGAACCUCCGGAAAUUGGUGGCUAACCUCCCUCCUCCAGCAGUGUGUGCCCCUGACGGCGACGACGACGAUGACGACGAGGAAAUGAUUGAAGACUUGGAGGAAAAUUUCAGCCCCGUGCCUCAUCAAUUCCCCCACCUCCGGUACAUUUUCCUGAUGUACCCUGACUCAGAAGGCCCCCUUCCUUCCCAGCACAAAGCCGUUUUCAGAGCAUGCCUUGUGUCCCUGCUGAGACAUUCGCCGCAACUCGAAAGCUUGCUGCUGGCUUGCCUGCCUUUCUCCCUGGACAGCGUGUUUGAGCAGGUGCUGGAGCCGCCGGCCACAGCCCUGACUCACCUCCAGAAGCUCUCCUUGAUGGAAACCAGGGUGUCCGGAAGCACCAUCCACCUGCUGUUGUCCUCGGAAAACCAGCUGAGCUUCAUCGAUGUGCCGGCUUGCUCACGCAUCUUCAGGGCAGACUAUGACGAAUUCCUCAGGAGAGUCAGGAGUGAGGGUUUCGACAUGGAGAUUUCCUGGGAGUGA